AAAAGAUUCCAAACAGACAGAGGGGCCCCUGCUCUGCAGCUAGAGCAAUUACUUCCUACCUCCUCAUCUUCCUUACAAUAUUUCACUGCGUUUGUUACAGUGCACGAAAAUGGUGAGGAGGAGAGGCGGUUAUCUUUUUGUGUACAAUGUGCUUGUUUUUACUUCUGCGUCGUUUUGUUGCUUCUUCGUCCUUGCCUUUUCUUCGAGUUCGCCGGCGGCGGCGGCGGAUGCGUCGGCGCUGCUGGAUUUCAAGUCGAAGGCUGAUUUGGGGAACAAAUUGAGGUUUUCUUCUAAAAAUGGCUCCUCCUUCGCCUUCUGCAAAUGGGAAGGGGUCAGCUGCUCCGGCUACAGGGCGGUUAAAGUUGUUAUAGAAAGUAUGGAUCUCGCCGGAGUUUUCGCCGCCGACACUCUGACGCGGCUCCGGCAGCUUAGGGUUCUUAGUCUGCAGAACAACUCGCUCACUGGUCCGAUCCCUGAUCUUUCAGGUUUGACUGAUUUGAAGGCUCUUUUUCUCUCCCGGAAUUAUUUCUCCGGCGGCGUCCCGCCGUCGGUCGCCGCGCUACAUCGUCUGAAAACCCUCGAUCUUUCUAGAAACAUGCUUGCCGGUUCGAUUCCCGCUGCUUUGAACGGGUUGGACCGGCUGGUCUACCUCCGGCUCGACUUCAACCGGCUCAACGGUUCGGUGCCGGCGUUGAACCAGUCGUCGCUGGAGGUCUUCAACGUCUCCCACAAUGCCCUCACCGGCGCAAUUCCGGUCACUCCGGCGCUCUCCCGAUUCAACUUAUCAUCAUUUGCUUUGAAUCCAGGGCUUUGCGGUGAGAUUGUACACACAGAAUGCCAUUCCGACCGGCCGUUUUUCAGCCAAACUUCGACCGCUCGAGCGCCGCCGGCGCUCGGCCAAACCGCUCCGGUACACGGCGGAGUCGAAUUAAACGGCGACGGAACAGUGCAGAAGCACAAGAGAACUGCUUUGGCGAUUGGAUUCUCCGCCGGCGCGUCUCUUCUCGUCGUUGCACUUUUAUGCUUCAUAUUGGCGGCGAAGAAGCGCCGGCGAGGCGAGGUUACAAAAAUGGGGCUGGACCCGAGCGUGACGGGGAAUACAGAGGCCGCCGUGAUGAGAAUCGAGGAAGAAAACGACGAAUUGGAGGAGAAGGUGAAGCAAGUGCAGGAAGAAAAGCUGCAAAUGGUGGGGAAGAGCGGCAACCUGGUAUUCUGCGCCGGCGAGCCGCCGGUGUACACCAUGGACCAGCUAAUGAGAGCUUCCGCAGAGCUAUUAGGAAGAGGGACGAUGGGGACGACAUACAAAGCGGUUCUCGACAGCCGUUUGAUUGUAACGGUCAAAAGAUUGGACGGCGGGAGAUUGAGCAACACAAGCCAAGAAAUUUUCGAAGGGCAUAUGGAAUCAGUUGGAGGAUUGAGACACCCAAAUUUGGUCCCUCUCAGAGCAUAUUUUCAGGCAAAGGAAGAAAGGCUUCUGGUCUAUGAUUAUCAGCCCAAUGGCAGUCUUCUUUCCCUCAUCCAUGGUUCUAAGUCAGCCAAAGCAAGGCCACUUCACUGGACAUCGUGUUUAAAAAUUGCAGAAGAUGUAGCACAAGGGCUCUGUUUCAUCCACCAGGCCUGGAGGCUCGUCCAUGGCAAUCUAAAGUCAUCGAAUGUCCUGCUCGGCUCCGAAUUCGAAGCCUGUUUAACAGACUACUGCCUCGCAGCUUUAUCCACCGCGCCGCCUUCCGAGGAAGAUGCCGACUCAGCAGCCUACAAAUCGCCUGAAAUUCUUAAAUUCAGCCACCAAGAAGCAACGUCUAAGUCGGAUGUAUACUCGUUUGGGGUGCUUUUGCUCGAGCUUUUGACGGGGAAGCAUCCUUCGCAGCACCCGAAUCCAAAUCUAAAUCUUGACGACAUGAUUCGAUGGAUGAGGUCUUUGAGGGACGACGACAAGGAAGAGACGAGGCUGGAAAUGCUGCUAGAUGUUGGAAUGGCUUGCCGGAUCGCCUCCCCUGAGCAGCGGCCGACGAUGUGGCAAGUGUUGAAGAUGAUACAGGAGAUCAAACAAGUUGUGUCUAUGGAGGAUGAUGAAUUCAACCCUAAUGUACAAUGAAAAAAUUUCAUUUU